AUGAAUCGUAUUGCGCCAGAUAUCGCAAUGUCAGCUGCUUGUCCUUUCAUCAUUGAUGAUAGUGACGAUGACGAUGGCUAUAAUACUAACAAUGGCGAUGUUGAAUUGCUAGAAUACGAUUCUGAAGAUUCCGAACCGGAAGUCAUCUCCGUCCAAACCCAUACACGCCCCUCGGUAUCCUCUGGGACAAGUCACAAUAAUCCCUCCAUCAAACUUCCUGAUGUAGAGAUCCCGCAUGCUAGGCUUAGCAACGGACCUGUUGUGAGACCUGGGGACACCUUAGAGUUACUGGACCACUCUACCCAUGCCCCCAGUAGCAUGCACAGUGGAGAUUUCUUUAUGAUUAGGACCAUCAUCCAGAAUCUGGAGACGGAUGUCAUUAGGUUCAGAGGGCAUCGGAUGCGGCGCACCAAGUAUCUAGGCCAAAUUUGGGACUGGAAGCUAAAUGAACUUUGUAUGGUUCUCCAUAUUGAAGAAGGUGAUCAUCGAUGCCCUUUUGUCGCCGGCUUGGAAGAAGUGGCCAUGGGAGAGAUAGUUGGCACACGCCCGUGUGCGCUUACCAACAAACCGUAUCCGCUGCUAAGUUUUCGUGACGGUUGGCGCUGCGCGCAUCCCGUGGGUACAAGCAAAGAAGAAAUACGACGCCAAGUAUAUCAUGAGGGUCGACUCACUUGCCGCGUUGUCAUUAUUCUCUUCAUGCACAAAAAGGCCAUGAAGACCAAGAGCACACAGAAGGCUCGUGGCGGUAUUGUACGAAGCUUAUAUGCACACGAGACCAGGACCUCAGGAACCAGCGCCUUUGAAGUCUCGAGAACACCGGAUACCGGAGACUCUCGCGAAACGUCUAUCGUUGUAGAAGAUGACGAUGACGAUGAUGUGGUCAUUGUGAGUAGCGGAAAGCGACGGGCUCGAUCGGACUCAGUUGAGAUUCUGGAACAACGACUGCCGAAACAUCCGUUACGAUACCCAGCAAAGAAGGGCAGGUACACCAUUGGCGACGUUUUUUGUGGAUUUGGGGGCGCAUCCCAGGGCGCUGCACAAGCUGGUCUCCAUGUCGCGUGGGGUCUGGACGUAGAUCAGCAAGCACUGCGAGCGUAUAAAAUGAACCAUCCCGGCGCGUCUGGAUUCCUGUGCAAUGCUCACGACUUUCCACCGCCUGGUAAGACCAAGGAAGAGCUGAGGGUCCAUGUACUUCACCUGUCUCCCCCGUGCUGUUUUUUUAGCCCAGCUCACACUGUUGAAGGUCCGAACGAUCAGGCCAACUACGAAGCCAUUUACACAAUAGGACCAAUACUUCAGAAGGUUGGGCCACGUGUCGCGACAUUAGAACAGACUUUUGGACUUGCGUCGGACGGUCGGCAUCUGAAGAACUUUUAUAUGCUGCUGAAUGAUAUCGGUAAAGCUGGCUAUGAUGUUCGCUACAAGAUCCAGGAUUUGUCCAAGCAUGGAUUGGCACAGAGGCGCAAACGCCUGCUUAUCAUCGCUGCUCGACGAGGCACGCCGCUUCCUCAUUUUCCGAAGGAGUCACAUGGUCCUAGCGGAAGUGGCCUCCAACCAUUUGUGUACGUUGAUAAGGUUCUCCAGACCCUCGAACGGAUGGGACCCCGCGCCUUGGAAGAGCGAUAUCACAUGCCUAAGCAAGCUCGACAGCCUCGAGAACCCACUGACGCCCAUGGCUUCCUACGAGGUUGCAUAACCACGGGUGGGAGUCCAAGCUACCACUAUUCUGGCUUGAGAAGAUGGACUGUACGCGAACUAAGCCUGCUUCAGAGUUUUCCAUAUGGAUACAAAUUUACCGGCAGCCAAACAGAAGCUACUAAACAGGUGGGCAAUGCGUUCCCUCCUGUAAUGGCAGAGGCCAUGUACCGGACCAUUGUCAAGACAUUGGAAGCAUUCGAUGAAGGUCUUAUUGGGGCAGAGGAAGACAUUCAAGACUUGGACGCACUGCUUCUAACGAGAAGAGGAGCGAGCACAGUGUCGCGGCUACAGCCACAAACCCCAUCUCACUCCCCUCUUUCUCCAGCUCCUCGGCCGACUUUCCCAUACGGCGAGUCACACAGUGUCGCGAGGUCUUCAGCCUUGUCUCCACGAGCAUCUACUAAUGCAAACGUUUCAUCACGGGCUGGAGCUCAACUUCCGGCCUCGUCAACGAGCUGGUGGGAGGGUCGUGGCGAUGGCAUCGGUCCGCGUACCAAUUCGCAUGUUCGACCGGGCAAGCGAAUGCCAAUGUCUGGUGCAGACCAACUCAGCGAGGCGAUCGAACUGAGCGACUAA